AUGUCAUAUUUUCAAUUGUCCGCUACUUUGGCUGGUCACGAAUUGGACGUUAAGGCUGUGCGCGGUCCGACCGAAGAUCUCAUUAUAUCCUCUUCUCGAGAUAAAACGGUGCGCCUGUGGUCCAGAAUAUCGUCGAAUACGUUUGGUGAAGAUAAACUUUUUUUAGGCCACACUCAUUUUGUGAAUUCUGUUGCCUACUUGCGCCCAACUGCCGAGCAUCCUAACGGCCUUAUAGUUAGUGGUAGUAGUGAUAAAGUCAUUAAUGUUUAUGACAUUGAUAAAUCUCAGGAUCCCGUCUACACACUGUUUGGACACAAGGACAAUAUUUGCGCUUUAGACGUUACACCAUCCGGUUAUAUCGUCUCCGGGUCUUGGGAUAAUAAUCAAAUUGGGGAUUUGAAAAAGGACGAACUUCCAGGACCGGAAGCAUUGAAUGCUCCAGGCAAGAGCGAAGGUCAAGUGAUUAUGGUUCGUGUUCGUGACGCAGUUGAAGCGCACCAGUGGAGUCAAAAAGAUAAUAAGUGGCACAAAAUUGGGGACGUAGUCGAUGCUGUUGGUCAAGGGAGAAAACAAUUAUAUAAUGGAAGAGAAUACGAUUAUUUGUUUGACGUAGAUAUUGGAGAAGGGGUCCCACCCUUGAAAUUGCCAUAUAAUGUUGCUGAUAAUCCAUAUAAAGCGGCCCAGGAAUUUAUACAGGCUAAUGAGCUUCCACAAGGUUAUUUGGAUCAGGUUGCUGAUUUUAUUGUAAAGAAUACAAAGGGCGUUUCCUUGGGUUCUGGGUCACAAUUUUAUGAUCCACUCACUGGAGGUUCCACGAGAAAUCCUAGCUACUCAUCGUCACCAUCUUCAACAGUUCCCAGUCAGAAUACUUUUGCGACCGGUAUUGACCCUUGGACGCGGCCUGCUCUGUCACCAAACACUUCGGAGCCUACUAGAGUUAUUCCGCAGAAAAUAAAUCAACUCAAUCAGGAUUUGCAAGACAGCGAUUCUACUAAUGACAGUGUCUUAUCAACCAAAGAGUUGACCGCCUUGGAAGAUUUAAUUAAAUUUUUGCAAAAUCCAACUUUCAAGUCAAGUUCGACCGCAGAUCGUCAAUCGGAGUUUGCUGUAAUUCACAAGAUAGUCAGUCAAUGGCCUUCUGCUAAUCGCUUUCCUGGUAUUGACUUAUUGCGACUUCUCAUUUUAUAUUCACCGAUUCCUGCACAAUAUGACGAUAUUGAUGGAAGUAUUGUCAGUCUUCUGAUUGAUUCUGCUGAUAUAAGGUCUUGGGAUGAGGGUAACUCUCCUACCAAAGAACAAGAAACCAAUACGAUGCUGGGUUUGCGUGCGCUAGCAAAUUUAUUCGAUAACAAAGAAGGAAAGGAAGUCUUAAGACGCAAGGCUCAAACGAUUAUUGAAUUGAUCUCACCAAUAUUGGGUAGGACCACGAAUAAAAACCUUCGUAUAGCUCUGGUGACGGUGUUCCUUAACUUUUCUGUUGAGUUUCGAACGAACCCUGAUGAGGAUGCGACCCUUCAAAUUAUUGCAACUUUGGCCGAGGAAUUGAGUUCUGAAACUGAUUCGGAGGUCCUGUACAGAUCCAUUGUGACCUUGGGCACUGCGAUAAGUAAUAAUCAAGCUGCCAAAGAAGCAGCCGAGAUAUUUAAUGUGAAAGAUUCAGUAAAGCUUGCAUCCACGAAAAUGGCGGAAGCGAGAAUUACGCAGGUCACCG